UCCGAUGGCGGCCGGACGCGGUGGCGCGGCCGUUUGAUUCUCCGGUGGCGGCAACCGAGGGAGGGACGCGAUGGCGCUGUCGGGGCUCGUCCGGAAACUCGGUCACCCGCUGGCGGAGAUCCGGGAGCGCGCGCUCCGCAGCGUCCUCUGCAAGCUGGAGCACGGGCUCACCUGCCCCGCCGACCUGGUCCAGGAAAGGCUGCUCUUCCUCCACCUGCUCGAGUGGUUCAACUUCCCCGCCGUCCCCCUGGGGGAAGAGGUCCUCCGCCUGCUGAGCGCACUGGUUAAGUAUCCCUCAGCAGUCCAGUACUUGACUGAACUUGGUGCAGUGGAGUUUUUAUCCAAGCUUCGUCCUAACGUGGAACCAAAUCUGCAGGCAGAAAUUGAUGGCAUCCUGGAUGGGCUUUUUCUUCUCCCUUCAGAAGUUCCUGUGCUGUGCGGUGCCUCUUAUGAAAUCAACUAUGAUGAAUUGCCCCAGCAACCUGAGAUCUUAAUGGGAGGAUAUUUUCCCCAAGACAAAAGUAGCUGCCAGCAGAUGGACGGGCCUCCGCAGCUGUCUGUGGCAGUAAAUCAGAGUGUGAAGUGUUUGAAGUUUUCUACGUUUCCUUGGCUGCCCCUGACCACCACUGACAGACACGUCCUCUCCUCCAAUGAAAGCUCUUUGAGAAGUAGUAAUCACACUUUGAUCUGGAAUACCUGUGAACUUUUGAAGGACGUUAUCAUGCAAGAUUUUCCUGCUGAGAUUUUUCUUCAGAGACCCAAAAUUGUUCAGAGCCUGUUGUCCCUGUUGAAGCUGGCCUUCGGGGGAGACGGGAAGCACCGCCUGGCACUGCAGGCCGUGUCCUGCCUGCAGCAGCUGUGCGUGUGUUUGAGAAACAGACUGAACUUUCACCGAGACCCACAUUUUUUCUGUAAUAAACAAGAUACCGUUUCCCAGAAUUCGUCAUUGUCUUACUGUCCUGAAGCACGAGGUCCACGCCAGUCCCAGAACCUGUCCCCUGGGAGCAGCAGCCCCCGGCCUUCGGUGGUUGGGCGCACGGGCCAGCGGCCCCGGGGAGACGGCCAGGAUUGGGAUGCAGAGUCCUCCAGCGGAAGCAGUAGUCACGCUCCUGUGAACUCCGGGAUAUCCGCCCCCUCCCCUCUGGAUCUGGGGCCCGUGGACCCGCCAGAGCUGGACCUGGAAGACACCCUGGAGCUGCAGUUUCAGCAGCUCAGCCUCCCUCAGUUCUGCGUGGCGGUGCUGGAGUCCGCAGCUCCCCUCCUAAGGACAGGUAGUAGACAGAUGAUCAUAAGAGUUCUGGAGUUGCUCGCAGAGGAUAUAACCCUGAUUGGUGAAGCAAUUUCAGCUGAUAUCUGGGAUGACAAUAGCCUUUUUGCCAUAGAUAUGAAGGAGAAACUGCUCCUGGUAUUGGGGUCCCUGGGAGAUACCCUGUGUCACCGCAAGAGCGGUGCUGGCUCAGCGCCCACAGAGGCCACGCGGGUGCACGACAGGAUGACCUUCGUCAGCGUGGGGCUGCUUGUGGUUCGCCUUCUGCAAAUACUUCUCCCCGUGGAAAAGGCGAGCGAGUUUUUACCAGAGCCCCUGUCGGCAGCAUUAUUUCUCCUUUGCUUGGACAUGCCAAUGUCUUUAGAAUAUCCAAAUGUUCACGAUUCUGCGGUGGCCUAUCUGGAGCAGCUGAAUCCUGAAAACUAUAGCAUUUAUAAACGAACUGCCGAGGCUGUUUAUUCCAUUGAAUGUACCUGUAACUUCUUAUCUGAUAUUGAGAAGGAGGGAGAGAAGAACCUCUUAGAAUUAGUGGAGCUGGCCGACCAGGCCCUGCGUGGCUUUUCCUACCACCAGUACUUCCCCCUGGUCAAGGAAAUCAUCUCCAUUUGCUCAAAGAUCUCCAAGUCUGCCCAGGCCAGUCCCCUGCUCCAGGGAGAAAGCCGGAAGGUGCUGCUCCGGAUGUUGUCUCACCCGCUGCCCCAAGCCAAAGCGGAAGCGUACCGCUGCUGCCUGGGGGUCGUGAAGGAAUGUUUAGGUGUCCAUAAUGUCACUAAACCUGUGUCUUCGCUUUGUAGUGGAAUUCAUUUUCUACUUCAUCCCAAAGUUCUGUAUGAAAUCUCUGCAUUUGGUAUUCAAGAGCCCAAAAAUGAGGUGAACGCCGCGGCCAAGGCCAUUCUCUUGUAUCUGCUCCAGGGUCGAUUGAUGAUGACAGCACCGACCUGGAGCAAGUUCAUCGAGUCUCUCUGUCCUGUCAUUCCAGUACUGCAGGGCUAUGCCGACCCCGAAGAUCCCUUGGGUAACUGCAUCCUCCUGCUAAGCAAAUCGAGUUCUGAGGCAGAAGAAGGGAUCCUCCCCCAUACCGCCAGGCUGAAGUCCGUGCUGCGGCUUCUGAUGGUGAAAAAGACAUCGGUUCGUUCACUAGCACUGAAGCUGGUCGCAUUCCAUCUGACCCAUGAAGAAGGGGCUGAUACAAAGCGCCCCUUAAUAGACGCCAAAGUUCUCUCCAGAGUUACUAACUUAUUUAUUGUGAAAAAACCCAUUGAACUCAAAUUAGAUGACAGAAGAGAACUGGUUAUUAAGUUGGAGAGAGUUGAAAAGGUGUAUGGCAUCUUCACCUCGGAUGAUGUGGAUCUUGUCUUGCGCCAGUCAGCCGCAGAGCAGCUAGCAGUGAUCCUGCAAGAUAUUAAAAUGCAUGCUGUGGUGAAAAAGUUAUGCUUAAUUGACAAGAUCAUUGAGUAUUUGAAUGAAUGUGUGAGUCACGAUGGCAAGGCUGUUGAGUGCUUGGUGAAGCCGAGCGUCACGCUCCUGAGGAAGGUUCUGUGUGCAGAUCCCGCCAUGCGUGUCUCGCUGUCUCAGCAGUCUUCGCUCCUGAGCCUGUUACUCAGAGUUUCCCUGAUAUUUCAUGAAGACUGUACUGUAGUGACUGAAGUUGGAGCACUGUUCUGUCUUCUGUUAUUUGAUGAAGUAUCAAGCACGGAUACGUGGUCCGUUCAUCCCUCCAGUGAGCCUUCUUCACCAUCAGUCUUCAGUUUGCCCGUUUCAGUUUUUAGAAGGUACCAUCUGCCAGUGCAUGUAAUUGGCCACCAUGUCGUGAGUCCUUACUCCAUAGUUUUGCCGCUAACUGCUGAUUGCUUGGCCUUGAAGCCGGUGUCCGACAUGCUGCGAAUGGCCUGGAACCUGUCCUGGUACCAUGGCAGUGAUAACCUACUGAAACAAACAAGCUCUGAGACUAAGACCCCAAAGUUUGCAGACGCGCUGCUGCUGUCCCCAGAGGACCUGCUCACUCUGAAGAUCACACACACGGCCAGCGGGCUGCAGGACUGCCUCCAGUCCGUCGUUCAGGCCGCGGCCCACAGGGACGUGAGGGCUGCUGUCACCAGGAUGGGUUUCUAUCUCCUGAAUGACAGACUGUCUUUAAAGAGCGCCGCCGGCCCGUGUGGAGUUACCUUGAAGUCCUUGGCUUGGCACACAGUGCUAAACAGGUUUCUACAAGUGCUUCCUGCUUGCACAGAAGAUGAGAAACUGCUAAUAGAUAUCAUACAUUUUCUAAACAUGUUAAUAAAAGUACAAAGAAAAAAUCCAUCAGUAGUACUUCUAAAUUGGAUUCUAGAAUUACUCCUUAGACAUGGUCCGAACCCACUAUUAGACCUGCUGGUUCUGACGGACCCCCAGGCUCAAGAGGAAGCCGACGACAUCCGGACAGCGGUCCGGCAGCAGCUGCAGAAAGAACUGAUGGCUCUCUUCAGUACCAUGCUGCUCAGCUUCACGGCCGUCACCGACAGGAAGUGCUUGGAACUUUUUUACGUUUUCCAAACACAGCUGUCCCUGAAAUUGCUCCAGUGUCUGAGGGUCACGGACGCUCCUCAUUUCUAUGGCUUGCCGUCCCUGGAGCGGACCGUACGCGGGAUGGCUCACCUCACCACGUUCCCCGGCUGGAGCGCACAUUCUCCUCACACAAGGCCUCUUGAAAUCUGUGUGAGGUACUUGUCAGGGCUCCUUGAGGUCAUUACUUCCUUUUAUGUGGAGCGUGGAGGAAAUGCUACGUCCUUCAUGGGAAAAGGAGUCACAAAGAGCACCAUUCUUUGCUUGCUCCAUUUGUCCCAUGAGAUGAUGGCCCAGGCUCCAAGCUCGGAAUGGAUGUCACUUUGGUUUUUGCCUUUGGGUACUCACAACGAAGAGCCCUCUCCUACUCAGCAAGGGCUGGCCUGGUUAAUUCCAUUAUGGGUUGAUCGGGACCCAGAGGUGAGGUUCACCGCGCUGGGAUUAGGAUCAGCACUGACCACUCUUGAGGCUGGCUGUGUGGCCUUGGCGAGCAGCUGUCAGAACAUCUCCGGUGGGCUCUGGGGCACCGUGCUGAACAUUCUUCUGGACCAGCUGGAAUGCAGCAUGGUGCGCCGAGAGGCUGCAUUUAUUUUUCAGAAUCUCCUUAUAAUUCCAAUGCCUUCAGAAGUUAUAAAGGAUUAUACUUGGCAGGGCCCCUGCGUCCAUGACGAGGACUCUGGCGUGUCCCUCACAGGGAAACCCGCCCUCCAGGCCCUUCUGUAUCACUACCGCUUUUACGAGCAUUUGACUCAGAUGGUGAAACACUGUUACCUAGGACGACAUAUUUUCCAUUUGCUGUUUCCUCCCUUUGCUGGGACUUCAGAUGGCAAUGACUUACAUAGUUUAGAUGACUCAUUCAAGUUUUGGAGGGCCUCGUCCAGAAUGUCCAGUCAAGAUCACGAUCCAAGUUCUCUCUCCACCUCAGAAACAAUGGUUACAGCUUCAGUGGAAACUGCUGACUUUCACCUACUUGUGCCAGCAGUAACUCUGCCGCCUGAAGCUUUACAUGAGCAGUUUGUGGAUCAAGGUCACCGCGGAGCCACGCCACCACCACGACCACCGCGUGACUCGUCCCUGUCCGCCCCACCGUCCAGGCCGCGCGUUCUCGUCACCCCGUCUCUCCUCUCAGCAGUCUGCAGCCUCUUGGACAACCUCGUGGCAAUUGCUCCCAGAGACGCUGCGGCUGCCUUGCAGCAAGCCGCUCUCCCAGAGCUGCUCUGUAGCAUCGUGGAUGUCCCACUCAUAGCCGUGUGCAUCCAGGAGCUCAGGACCCCGCUGCCCGCCUCUCCUCCGCUUGAAGACACGCAGGCGCAGGUUUCCUUUCUCCUGGAAUACCUGUCCUCUUUGUGCAGGCUCCUACAGUCCUGUUUAUUGGUGGAUACUAACCUUGUGACGCAGGACAAAAUUCUGAAACCGCUUAUCACUAAUGUCAUUGGAGUUUUCACCAUAGACAUCAAAGAUGUAUCAGAUGUUGAGUUGGAAUCCGCUUUUUAUCACACGUGGACACAUGUCUGUGGCCUUCUGACCAUGCUCCUGAGGAAAGCCGGGUCUGUGUCCCUCCCGGCCAUCACCGCGGCUCUGGCCAAGCACUGGAAGGCAGUGACUGAUAUGUUCUGCACCUGUGUGGGUUUGUCGGCCCGGUACCCUGCCCUGUGUACCGCCAGCUUGCAGCUCCUGUCUGUUCUCUUGGUGGAGGAGGAGAAGCGGCGUGUGCAGGGUAAGGACAGAGCCAGUCAGUGCCCUGCCCCCACGGUGGCCUCCCUGCUGGACGAGAGGCAGGAGCAUCAGAAGUCCGCAGAAAGACUCAGUGACGUCAUUCUUCAGUGUUAUGAAGGAAAAUCCUCCAAAGCUCCCCUGAAAAGGCCUGCCACAAACGCCCUGCUCUCCCUCCUGGCUGCCAGCAGACGUGCCCAGAGGCACGCCUUGAAAGCGGAUCUGAUAGACGGCUGCAUGGAGCGGAUGAAGCACAUUAACGCCCAGCUGAGCCUCGAUUCUCUGAGGCCCGGGAAAGCCGCACUGAAGAGAAAGGAGGACAGUCUUACCAAAGAGCUCAGCACUACCAUGCAGCUUCUAAGAAACUGUCUGUAUCGAAACGAAGAAUGUAAAGAAGCAGCGCUUGGCACUCAUCUUGUCCCUGUCUUGCAUGCUCUCUGGCCGUGGCUUUUGAUGGAUGACUCCUUGAUGCAAAUUGCCUUGCAGCUCCUUUGUGUCUAUACCGCAAACUUCCCCAGUGGUUGCAGUUCUCUUUGUUGGUCCAGUUCCGGGCAGAAUGUUCCAGUGGCCCACAGAGCAGCGAGCGGCAGCCUGGUGCUGUGUGUCCUGAAGUUGGCCUCCCAGGUUCCUCUGGAGAGCACGCACGUCCAGCAGAUGCUUUUUACGCUCCUUUCAAACCUGGCUUUGUCUCAUGACUGUAAGGGAGUCCUCCAGAAGAGUAACUUCUUACAGAACUUUCUAUCUCUACCAUUGCCAAAAGGAGGAAAUAAACAUCUCAGUAAUCUGGCCAUUCUCUGGUUGAAGUUACUCCUGAGUCUAUCAUUUGCAGAAGAUGGGCAACAAAUGAUUCUGAGACUGGAUGGCUGUUUGGACCUACUCACAGAGAUGAGCAAGUACAAGCAUAAGAGCAGCCCUCAUCUGCCCCUUCUCAUUGCUCAUAACAUUUGCUUCAGUCCUGCGAAUAAGCCCAAGAUCCUGGCCAACGAAAAAGUCAUUACUAUGCUUGCGGCCUGUCUAGAAAGUGAUAAUCAAAAUGCUCAGAGGAUUGGAGCAGCUGCACUUUGGGCUCUGACUUACAAUUACCAGAAGGCAAAAACAACUUUGAAAAAUCCAUCCAUAAAAAGAAGAGUGGAUGAAGCAUACUCCUUAGCGAAAAGAACUUUGUCAGACUCAGAAGAAAACCCACUAGAUGCCUACUAUUUGAAGUGUCUUGAAAACCUCGUGCAGCUGCUGAACUGUUCCUAAGCCAGGAGUGCUCCCCGCACGCUCGCUGACAGCCACCCAGAGAAGCAGCCCCUGCCCCUCCAAGGACAGACUUGCCCACCCUGC